UAUUCGUUUCAGUAUUCCCAUUUCUUCUGGAAAUUGUCGAGGUGCCUGAAAGUGCAAGAGCAGGGCGUGUGGCACCCUCUGGUGGAUUUUUAGUACUCGUAGUGAGUAAUCAAGAUGUCAGCGCCCAGGACAACUCCCACAUCAAACAAGCAUAGAGAAAACGGCGGAGAUAUAGCAUAUUCAUGGAGUAUUCGAGAACGGGAUUAUGAAGCGGAAAAGGCGAACCAUGCUCUUCCGUCUGAAGAAGUGUUUGAUUAUCCAUUAAAACCAAUAUGUGUUAGCCAUGGAAAAAUUAAGAGUAGUGGCAGUGAGAGGGCUUCAACCACAUCAUCAUCGGGUGCGAGUACACCUAAGCGUGCUGCUGCCACCUCUGCCUUUUUGGAUCCUCUUACAUCAGUGCUAGAAGGAAUGGAUCCAUUGUCCCAGAUGGCUGAGCUAGAUCCUCUCUCUCAAAUGGCUAUAGAGGCAGCAGCUGGUAGAAAAAGUUCUACUAGUCUAGGCAGUAAAAAGGCUAACACUCUCGAUGAUUCAUUUGAGCCGUGGAAAAGUAAGAAAGGAGCUAUACUUGCCAAGUACACAACAUCCGAAAAGCUAACUUUUACCAGCUUUGACCUUUCACCUGCAGAGAAGGCAAUACUUAAAGGACCUACAUCUGUAACAGAGAAGGUGAAGAACCGUCUGGAGCAGCUGGAUGACUUUGAGGAGGGUUCCGUGAAGGAGCAGCUGCAGCUGAGCCAGCAGGAGUACGUGCACCGCAUCGACGAGCUCAACCAGUCGCUGCUCGCCGCCUGGGAACAGGACCAGAAGGUGAAGUCGCUCAAGAUCGCGAUCCAGUGUGCGAAGCUGCUCGCCGACGCCUCCGUCAUCCAGUUCUACCCGAGCAAGUUCGUGCUCGUCACCGACGUGCUCGACACGUUUGGCCGCCUCGUCUACGAGCGCAUCGUCGACAAGGCGUGCCAUGUCGCGCCGGGCGCCGCCACGCGGCCCCCCGCCGAGCUCUCGCCCGAGCACGUGCCCGAGUCGGCGAAGGAGACGUGCCGCAACUGGUUCUUCAAGAUCGCGUCGAUCCGCGAGCUGACGCCGCGGCUGUACGUCGAGACGGCGAUCCUGCGUUGCCACGGCUUCCUGCGCGCGGACGCGCACAGCGACGCGCUCGCCCGCCUCGCAGCGACGGCGCGCGGCGUCGGCGACCCGCUCGUCGCGCUGUACGCACGCGCCUACCUCUGCCGCGUCGGCAUGCGCGUCGCUCCAACGCAGCGCGCCUAUGUCGCCGCGUGCCUGCGCGACAUUCUCGACACGUACCGGCAGGUCGGCGGCGACGCCGUGCAGAACGCGCUCGCGCUGCAGAAGGUCGACAUGGCCGCCUACCUGCAGCUGUUCUCGCCGGGCCUCGACUGGGUGCUGCAGUGCAUCGCGCACGGCGCGUCCGAGGGCACGCUGGAAGAGGUGCUCGCGCAGGCGCGCGCACGCUGCAACACCGCACUGCUGCUCAACUCGGUGAUGACUGCGUUUCGGCCCGCGUACGUCGCGGCGCGCGCGCGUCACUUCAUCGAGCACAUAUGCGACUGCGAGGACUCGGGCUUCCCGAAGCACCUGCUGUUUCGCACGCUCGGGCUGUGCCUGGUUGUCGCCGACCCGCCCGAGGCUCAGGUGAGCGUCGGCGCGGACUUUGAGCGGCAGCUGAGCUUCUGCGUGGAAGCGCGUGCGGCGUUCAGCAACCUCGAGCCGGUGCUGGUCCACCUCGUGCACACCGUCAACCUGCUCGCCAUCGACACACGCCGCGUCGUCAAGGGUCAUCACACGCGUAAAACGGCGGCGUUCGUUCACGCGUGCGCAGCUUACAGCUUCAUCACGAUACCCUCGAUCACCAACGUCUUUCUGCGACUCAACCUGUACCUCGUGUCGGGACAGGUGGCGCUCCUAAACCACUGCCUCUCACAGGCCGAUUCCUUCCUGAAGGCGGCGAUCAGCCUGCUGCCAGACGCGCCGUGCUCGAUCGAGAUCGACGGCAAGUUGCGCUCGACGGAGCCGCUUCUGCUUGAGUACGUCGGCAACCUGUGCUCGACGCUGCUCGCUGCGCCCGACCCGCCCGCGCAGCCGCCGCUCUACCUCGCACGCGGCCUCCUCAACGCGCUCGCGACGCGCGGCGCGGGCGACACGGCACGCGCCGACGCGUACACGCACGCGCUUGCUCUGCUCUCCGCCGCCGCACAGCCCGCGUUCGCAUACUGCGCCGACGGCGUCGUCGCCAACGACCGUCUCUACGGCAACGACCCCAAGUACGUCGGCGAGGUCGCGCGCCUCGCUGGCACGGUGCUCAACGAGCUGAUGCAGCACGUGCACGACGCGGCGCCAUCACCCGACCGCCAGGGGGCGCUCGCGCUGCACCUCGUCGAGGUCGGCGUCACGCACGGCGACCUCGGUGACCCGCGCUUCGCGGCGUUGCUAGGCAACCUAUGGACGCUAGCCGCGAAGCAGGGGCAUGCUGAUCGCAUGCUCAUGGAGCGCACGGCGCAGCACGUGAAGGCUCGGGCGGCUAGAGGUGCGCCGGUCGCCGCCGAGCUGCUCAGGAAACUCGCCUGAGUAUGCAGAGUGUGUGUCGCGCGAACGUGCGAGUGGCAGUCUAAAUUAUAUCAUACUGUUUACCGAAAAUGGAAAACGUCGGGUUUUUUCCUCUCUGAUUGUCGCGGCUUGUUUAAAAUAUGAGCAGCAACUGGAUCUUUUUCACGAGGCGAAUACAGUUAUACACGUAGUAUGCUGUUCUUGACUAUUCAUGAUUAGGAAAAAGUAUUUUAUUUGUUCCUAUAGGUGGCACCACCUGUGACUCGCAGCCGAACACGCGUCGGCCCAGUAAUAAUGCGUUGUCGAUCUGGUGGUCGCUGACAUUCCAAUUUAUUUGCUUGGUGAAUUGUGUAGGGAACGAGUGAUUGAGUUGUAGGAUUAGGUGUGCUGCAUUUGGGAUGUUACUGAUUUGUGCGCGGUGGCGGCACAAUGAGUGCCGAAGCUAGCCCGAGCGGUUUUUGUAAAUGUAGAGAGAUAGAGAUGUUAAUGGGAUAAUAGCUUGGUUUGACAUGCCGAGGUCUAGUUUCUUCUAACAUUGACCAUCCGUUUUAUUUGUAAGGUAUGCCUUGCAGUUGGGGGGGGGGGGUGCAAGGGAGAGGCAAACAAAUGUAGGUACUAUUACACGGUCAACUACCCAGAACACAAACUGUGCGUGCUGGAAAAAUGAGUUAGCUAGGCCCCUGUUUCGUAUACAUAUCAUCGUAUUCUGAAACAGAAUACUUUUGUAUUAAAAUCCGGUUUCAACGUAGAAACGAGUAAGACCAGCUUCGAAUUCAUGAGCUCAUGCGUUUCAAUUAGGCAUUUAUAAAUCAAUAGCUUGUCUGAACAUGAAAUAGCUGGGAUUAUUUAUAUAUAACCAUAAUACAGGUCAUCAAUAGGGCUUCAUACAGAGUAUCUGUGAUUCUGCUGUAAUUAGUGUUGGCCCACAUAAUAUAGAUCGCUUGUCGUGCCUGCCUUGACUGCCUAUGUAUUGGCCCCUACGCAUCGGAUUUCUGCAAUCAGACUAUCGACUUCUUGCCUGUUCACGAUGUACACCUGGCAGUAUAUUAUAAAUGUCUUUGUUUGUUACCA